AUGUCGAAUCCUUUUGAGCCUGAUUCAGACAUGGAAUUUGAUGACUUUGACGAAAGGCCUCAGCAAGUUCCUCAAAAUAAUCCCCCACACAUUUAUGAUGAAGUACCACGAGAACCCAUUUAUGUUAAUGUGCCACCAGAAAAUGAAAAUGCCCCCCCACGUGUCAAUGAAAAUAAUGUACAACAAACUAAUAGAGUAGAAUCAAGUGGAAUUAAUAAAAUAAAUUCGAUACAAAAUUUAAUCCAUCAAAUCUCGACUAAAAUUAAGACAUUGUGUGACAACGAAUUAAAUGAUAAAUAUAUAACAUAUUUAGAAAAUUUAAUGAAUGAUAAUGCAUCAUUACUCAUGAAAAAAGAUAAGUUUAAAAAAAUAGAGAGUACAAUUAAAAAAUUACAGAAACAACUAAAGAGCUUUCGUUCAACAGUAGUAAAUGAUUGCACUGAUUUAAUGAUGAUAGCCACUGAAAUAGAUUUGAUAAAACGUCGAUUUGAUGAUUUACAGAAAGAUUAUGAGCAACUGAAAAGAGAUUUAGGGAGAACUCCGACAGACCAAAAUAAUUAUAUCAGUGAACCUUUUAAAAGCGGGCAAUAUUUGAGUAUGUUGAUUCAAAUGCAUGCCAAAGCCCAGAAAGUAAUAAAUUCUUACAAUGAUCGAGUUAACGAAUACAACAUAUUCAUCUCUAACUUCAAUCAAUUUAUAAGUGAAUUUAAUCGUGGAUAUAUUAUUUAUACAUCGCCGGUUACUGACAAAUAUUACUCAAUAUUAUUGACCGAUAUUGUAAAAGAAAUUCUAGCAAUAAUAAGUCCGAACGCCGAAAACGUCGAUGCUCUUGAGAGGAAACGUAGAGAAAUAUUUAAAAUGUUUGAAACGACAUAUGAUAAUGAUUUAGCUCGUUUAAUUGCUGAUUCAGCAUUAGACGAAAUAACGGGAUUAGUGGAAGUAACUUAA